UGCAAUUUUGCUGGUCAAAUACUGGAAACUACCUCGCGGAGAUACCAUACCCCAUCAAAUCUGUUUUAAAGAGGGGCUGUGGAGAUUAGGUGGUGACUUUGAAAUGGCCAAAUUUCUCUUGCAGUACUUGUUACUAAUAUUGUUUGCAAGCCUAGGAGAAGGCGACGAUAAGUGCAAGGUUUCCAGGUGCGAGGAGCAGGGUCCGGCCAUCCGUUUCCCCUUCCGGCUUAAAGACGACAACCAAACGGUGUCGGUGACAGUGCAGGGCCACCGUGCCUAUCCCUAUCCCGAGUUUGAGUUAACGUGCGACGAGAGAAAUCAAACCGUGCUCCACCUGCCAGAUUCAGUAAAUCUGCUUGUGGACGAGAUUGAUUACAAUUCUCAAAAGAUUUCCCUGUAUGACAGGGAACGGUGCCUUCCAAGACAGCUUAAAUUCCUCAAUUUAUCUCUCUCUACUUUUUACUAUGUCGAGUCUAAUUACGCUGAGUGUAAUUACGCUUUGUACAAUUGUUCUGCACGAGAUAGACAUUUAGAUUACUUCAUCCCUUGCCUUAGUACUGUUCAUGGAUAUAAAAUUUAUGCCGUUGAUUGCUUCAACUAUUAUUCCCUGACUUCCUGCACAAGGAUUGGUAACUACACUUAUUCUGUAUUUGACCAGAGUGACAAUCUUUUUUUGUAUUGGUACGAACCAAAUUCCCCAAUAUGGUGUGGCUAUGAUAUUCAAUAUUCCAACUACAUGCCUCAGCCUGAAACACCAAAAGGUUCAUCAAUAAAACAAAUUGUGACAGCUACCGUGAUCUCAGUUUUCUUAGUUCUUGCUCUCGUAGUUGUUGUAGUUGUCGUACUCUAUCGUGUCAAUAGCUCAAACAAAGCAUUGAAAGAAGAUCAAGCAAAGAUUGAAAUUUUUUUGGAGGACUAUAGAGCUCUCAAGCCCUCAAGAUACUCUUAUGAUGAUAUCAAAAAGAUCACAAAUCAAUUCAAAGAAAAACUGGGGCAAGGGGGUUAUGGGACCGUUUUCAAAGGAAAACUUUCCAAUGAUAUUUUUGUAGCUGUUAAGGUUCUCAACAAUUCAAAAGAAAAAGGAGAUGAGUUCAUCAAUGAAGUGGGAACAAUUGGUAGAAUCCACCAUGUGAAUGUGGUUCGCUUGGUCGGCUUCUGUGCUGAUGGAUCUAGUCGAGCUCUUGUUUACGAGUUCUGCCCAAAUGAUUCUCUAGAAAAGUUCAUAUUUUCAGAAGAUCAGAAGAACCAUUUCCUUGGUUGGGAGAAGCUACAAGAAAUUGCUGUGGGCAUAGCCAAAGGAAUUGAAUAUCUUCAUCAAGGGUGUGAUCAAAGAAUCCUUCAUUUUGAUAUCAAACCUCACAAUAUAUUGUUGGACCAUAAUUUCAACCCAAAGAUUUGUGAUUUUGGCCUAGCAAAGUUGUGUUCCAAGGAACAAAGUGCUGUCUCUAUGACUGCUGCAAGAGGGACCAUGGGUUAUAUUGCUCCAGAAGUCUUUUCAAGAAAUUUCGGGAAUGUGUCAUAUAAAUCAGAUGUAUAUAGCUUUGGAAUGUUGUUGCUUGAAAUGGUUGGUGGGAGGAAAAAUAUUGAUGUAAAAGUAGAGAACACUAGCCAAACAUACUUUCCAGAAUGGAUUUAUAAUCGUUUAUAUCAAGGAGAAGAGCUAGGUAUGAUCAGCAUCGAGAAAGAGGAACAUGCUAAGAUAGCAGAGAAAUUAGCUAUUGUUGGGCUCUGGUGCAUUCAGUGGUAUCCUGUGGAUCGGCCUUCCAUGAAAAUUGUGGUUCAAAUGCUGGAAAAAGAAGGAAACAACUUGACCAUACCACCAAAUCCUUUCGCUUCUGCAUCAGAAACGAACACAAGUUCAAUUAAGCCUGCAAGAGCUUUCAAUAGAGAGUUGACAGUUAUUUUAGAAUGAAAUUAAGAGCACAAUUGCAGAUGUUUCUUGCUGGUAUUGCAUAAAUAUUAAUAAUAUGUAGGCAACAUGUUGUACUCAUCUAGCGAAUCUUGAAUUAGUUUUUUUUUUUUUUUUCCCUCUAUCUUGUAUAAGUUUCCAUGGCUUGCAAUAUGGAUGUAAUGUUAUUAGAAAAAGCAUCUUAAUUAUGGUGUCAAAUCACAACUUCAUUGGUGAAA